CAUUUUGUACGACCGGUGUGACUUUAGUGUUUCAUUCUAUUUCACCCCUCCUUGCGCAAAAAUCGCGCGGUAAAGUUCCCGAUCAGUUUUUUCCCUCCUGCUAAUGGGAUGGGAUUAUUGUUCGGUGGAGAACCUGGGUUUUUGUAUUUUAUCGAAGCUCUAAUGACGUAGUGAAAUUGCCGGUUGAAGAGAGUUUCGAAAGAUAUAUAGAAUAUAUCGCAAUUUGUGAACUUGGUCUUUUUAACGACGCAGCUCUUUAGCAGAUUGUUUACACAAUCAUCGUUCUUUUCGGUACAAAAGCAUAAAAGUCGCGUGGCACAACGAUGUUCCAUGUUAUCGUCCCUCGUUGAUCGUACGAUUUUUUUACACGAGACAAUCGUCCAAGAUGUACGCACUUGCGUCUAUAAACAGUCGAUUGUAAAACAACGUGAAAUGGCUGUGGUACAAAAGCCUUACUGAUCACAAGUUUUGGUUCAGUUCGGUUGGAAAGCUUAUUUUCCCCUGUCCCCUCUUUUCUUUAUAUAAAAUUAAUCGCAGAUAGUCGUAAUCAUCAUUUUACACUCAAAUGCGAUCAUGUCAUCCGAGAGAGAGAUCAAGGCAACUGAACAGGAACUCGCUUAUCGUGAGAAGUAUUUUCAUGAUAUCAGAGCCGUUAAAGAUAAACAAAUAGCAUGUACUUCGUGUGGUAAUGAAUUAAGUCUCGAGUCAAAACAAAUCUUCUCUCAUCCAUUGAUGGGAAUAUUGCAGUGCGAAACAUGUUGGAAUCAUUUUAAAGAAAUAGAUGCGGCCUUUGAAGAUGAAGAUGAAGAUGAAUUUCAAAAAUAUUGUUACAUAUGUGGCGAUGAUAAGAAACUAUAUGAAUGUGGCAAUAAAGAUUGUGUUUCUGCAUUUUGUAAGAAAUGUAUAAAAAGAAAUGCUACUAUGUCACUAUUGCAUGCAGAAAAGAAGGAUUGGAAAUGUUUCACAUGUAAUCCUAAACCAAUCUGGGACCUGAGAGCUGUGUGCGCCGCUGUAAUGGACACUUAUAAAAAGGGUAACAGGAGAAGCACCAACAAGAUUGAAAGACGUGUGUUACCAUCUCAAAUACAAAAAAUAAAAAAAGCCAGAGAAGUACAGAAGAGUUUGCGAAUGUUAUGUGAUAGUGAGGAGGAUGAUAGUUCUUCUGAUAACACAUUUGUAACUUUGAGAGCCAAACAGAAAAUAGACCGCCAGCGUCUUAUGAAACAAAAUGCAAACCUUAAUCGGCAAAAGGAAAUAGUGGAAGUGAAUCUAACAGAUUCAUCUGGAAAUGAAAGUCUGUUUAGUGCAAAUGAUUCAAUAUUCUAUAAUCAGGAUAAACAAAGAAAAAGUAGAAAAGAUCAGAAAACUAAGUCUAUACAAAAGAGAAAAAUAUCGAAAAAUAAAAUUUCUAGCGAUUCGGAUGAUAAUUCCAUCGAUUUGUCGACUAAUAAAACAAUUAAACAAAAGCGUACAAGUAAAUCUAAUAUCAGUACUAAAAGGAUAAUAAGCAAUCGUAAUUCUAUAUAUUCUGAUAGUGAAAGUGAUAAGAAUGUUUCUACAAAUAAAGCAUCAAAUAUAGCUAAAAAUCUUUCAAAUACUGGACCACAAAAUAAAAAGGAGGAUACUGCUUCUUAUGAUGCAAAGGCAACUAAGCACAAAGCAAAGAAGUAUCAAGAUUCAACUAGUGAAUCUGAAGAUGAAGAUAUCACGGAUAAGAAACAAAACAGCAAGAAGCAGUCCACAAAUCGCACUACAUCAUAUAACAGUAGUGAAGAAAAGAAGCGCAAGAAUAAACAUAACAAAUCAUCGAAGAAACAUCUUUCCACUAUUCAGGAAGGUGAAUCAGAUGCUAGUUCCAGCAAAGAAUUUCAGAAGAAAAAACUUCAAAAGGUGAAUCACAAUAAAUUCACGAGGAGAAAAUUGGCAGAUUUAGAAACAGAUUAUACUAAAUUGGUCGCUGAAGAAGAUCCUGCAAUCGAAAGCAAAGAAAAUAAUAACGACCAAAUAGAUAUGAAUCUUGAUAAUGCGAAAGAAUGUGUAAGUAAUUGUAAAGCAAUAGUUUCAAAUUUACAAAAAUAUAUCAAUUCUAUGGAACAAUUAUAUGGUGAACAGGAUGAAGAGCAGUUUAUGCUGAAAAUGAUAAAGAAAAUUAAUAAAUUGUGGCCGAAUUUGCAGAAAGUACAGAAAAAUUUAACAACUUUCUAUGUGUCUAAAAGUUCUAAGAAAAAUUUAGUUAAGAGAUUACCCAAAGAAGUUAAUGAUAAUGAACAAUCUUUGAAAGAAACCAAUGUACAUGAAAAUCAUACAACGAGCGAAAACAAGGCUCGUAACUCCGGAAAUGAGCAAGGAGGAAGUUCUAAAAAUGUCUCCGAAUGUGAUAGCGAAGAAAUAUUUUCAGGAGACGAAUCGAGAAGAUUGCAGAAGGAGCAGACAAUUCAGAACAAUGAUACAUCAAAUAUGGAAAAUAAUGUAAAUGCUAAUAAAACUAAUGAAAAAAGCAAUGAAGAUAAAGAGUUAAUAGAUUCAUCGGAGAAUGAAGAUAAUGCGAAUAAAGAUGAUGUGGAUUUGCAAAAUAAUUUGUCCAAUUCUCCAGUGUUAAACACAUCAACAGAGAAAAAAAUAAAAAACGCAGAACGAUCGAUUAAAACCCAAUUAUUUUCAGAAUGCAUUAACAAUAAUGAUACACCAUUAACGAUAAAGAUAAAGAUUAAAGAUAAAGAUAAAGAUAUUGAUUCUAAUAAUAAACAAACCAAAUCAGAUACUGAUGUUCCUUCUAGCGAAAUUGAGAUUGAAGAUUCUCCUUUGAGAAACGAAAGACUUAAUCGAAAGACGAUAUUACAAAAUAGCAUACAAAAUGAUUCUGCAAACACAGAUAAUAUAAUCAAUGAAUCAAUGGAUCUGUUUGACACAUCUUAUCUUAAGACAGGAGAGAAUGAAACUGAAGUACCAGAACCGGCUAUAGAAAUAGCUACAGAGACGAAUUGUGAUAAUCCAGAAUCUUCAUCCAAAAUAAAAUCCUUAGAUACUUGUUUGCAAGAUAAAAUUUCAGACAAAAACGAUAGGGCAUCUCUUUCACUUCGCGAUAAUGAAGAGGAGAAUUUGUUUGAUCAGAAUACUCCAAAGAAAGUAACAUUUGCAACUAGGGAAGACAUUUCUGAUAAUUUGGAAGAACUCGAUAUAUCCGGUAAAACUAAUAUCGAUAUUGACUCUCUCGAUGAUGCUGAAGCAUUGGCGAAGAAAUCUCUCUUAGAAUUAGAUUCUGAUUUGGAUGACAUAUUAGACGCAAACGUAGUUACAAAAUCAACUGAAGGUUUAAAUAUAGAUGAUCUUAAUCGAAUCGGACUCGAUAACAAAGUGGAAGACGAUGAUUUUGACGUUAAUAGUACCAGUACAUUAAUAUUAUCAUCAUUUCUGAAAAAGACAAAUACUGAUGAUAAAGAUAAGACGAAAGUCGAGAACAAAAAUGACAAUCAAGCAAAUGGGAAACCUCUCGAAGAAACGAGUUCUUUGAAUGAUGAUGCCAAGGCAGAAGAAGCUGCCAAAAAAGCUCUCUUAGAAUCAAAUUCCGAUGAGUCUUUAAGUUUAUCAUCGUUGGAUUCGGGAGAGAAUGAAAACAAGAAGACCAAAUCAAAUUCUUCCAGAGAAAAUGCCAGAUCGAAACAGGCACUUCUAGCAUCUUCCAACACUGAAAGUUCCAGUCCCGAGCCAACUGUAGAAGUAGAAGCAAGUGAUCGCUCAAAGAAUUUAAAUGAGAGAGCGAAACAGGCACUUUUAGCAUCUUCCAACACGGAAAGUUCCAGUCCCGAGCCAAUUGAAGUAGAAGCAAAUGAUCGUUCAAAGAAUUUAAAUUCUAAACGUAAUCGCGAGAGUGAUGACGACUCGAUUGUCUCUAGAGUGAAAAGGAAACGAUUGAAACUUAAUAGAAACAGUUGGAACGAUAAGAAAUUAAGAAUGCUUUGCGAAGUUCGUUUAGAGCGAUUAAGCAGGAAAGAUCUUAGACGUUAUUCGCAUGCGUUACAAAAAUCAAGAGAAUAUCUGGAACAAAAGGCAUUCAAAAGUCUUAUUAAUCUGAGUAAACUUGAAAAGACACACAAGAAAAAUGCAAAGAAAGAUUCCGAUUCGUCGACGGAUGAUGAUACAUCCUCAAAAGUUUCGAAAAGUUUAAAUAAACAAAAAGGAAAACAAACAACUGAAGAAGAAUCAUUAAUGGAUCAUUUAAAAAAAAUAGAAAAUGGCGAUGUCUCGACACUUGUAGAAAUGGAUUCUAGUUCUGAUGAAUCGAUUAAAAUACAAAACGUAGAUGUAUCUGUAUCUAACGAAGCUUUAAUAUCAGAGGCAAAUAGAAUUGCGAAAGAGAAUCUAUUAAAUUCCUCUGAUUCAAAUGAAAAAGAAGUAGUACUGGGCAGCGAUGACGAUGUAAAUAAUGAUGAUAAGAAUGAAAACUCAGAAGAAAAGAAGAAGAAACACGAUAAAAAGUCUGAAGAAAAAACUUUAAAGCAAGAUGAUGACAAAAAGGAAAAAAAUGACAAAAGUAAUUGGAGGCGAAAUAAAUUGCUGACAAUGAGAUUCUCCGAUACUGAUUCUGACGCUGAAAAGGAAAAAUGGGAAAAGAAACAAGAAAAAUUGACGAAAAAAUCGGAAGAGAAUAACAGCGACUCCAAUGACGAGGAAAAGAGAAAAUCUAAGAAAAAGAAGACUAGACGAAGAAUCAUAGAUUCUGAUUCGGAUGUCAUAAUAACGGAUUGCAGUAUAGAUUCUGAUAACUCUUCUAAGGCUUCGAGUACCAAACAAAGUUCAACCGACUGGUUUGACAAAAAAGAAAAAGAAAAACUAAGAGGGAAGAGACGCAAACGGGGCGAAAACGCUUCGUCGGACACGGAUUCUUCGCUUGCAGAGAAGAAACCGAAACCAAAACGUAAGCGAAUUAAGAAGGUAGCAUCUGACAGUGAUAGCAGCAUCGCGGAAAUAAAGAAUUCGCAAGAUUCCACACCUGGCAAAAGUGGUCGAAAAAAUAUACGAAAAGUUCUGAAAGAUAAACAAGUAGCAGAUGAUACAAAACUAGCUGCCAAAGAAGAGGAGGAAAGGCUUAAACGUAUUGCUGAACGUCAAGCUCUGUACAAUGAAAUGUACGAGAUGAGACUUGCUGGAGAGGAGAAGGUUGAAAAGCUCGUUUUAGAUUUCGAUACAGAGACAAAAAAGGAGCUCGUUAGCGUGCAUGAAGAAUUAGUAAAGCGUCUAAAGCCACAUCAAGCGCAGGGUAUUAAAUUUAUGUGGGAUGCUUGUUUCGAAUCCUUAGAAAGAGUAAAGACUACAUCCGGAUCCGGAUGUAUAAUCGCACAUUGCAUGGGACUGGGCAAAACAUUGCAAGUAAUCGCUCUGACGCACACACUUUUGUCUCACGAGGAGACAGGUGUCAAGACAGUACUGAUAGUUUGUCCGCUAAGUACAGUGCUUAAUUGGUUAAAUGAAUAUAGAACAUGGUUGAAUGAUAUGGAUGAUAUCGAGGUGUACGAAUUGACAAAGUUUAAGAAAAAUUUUGAGAGAAAGUAUCAGCUACAAAGAUGGCAAAAGACUGGCGGUGUGAUGAUUAUCGGUUAUGAAAUGUUCCGUAAUCUUACGGGCGCAAAUAAAAAUAUCCGGAAGAAUAUGAAGCAAGUGAUAGAUGAAUGCCUAGUUGAUCCAGGCGCGGAUCUCAUUGUCUGCGAUGAAGGUCAUUUAUUAAAGAACGAAGAUACUGCAUUAAGUAAAUGCAUGCGAAGAGUGAAAACUCUGAGACGCAUAGUACUUACCGGGACGCCGUUGCAAAAUAAUUUAAUAGAAUAUCAUUGCAUGGUACAAUUUGUUAAACCCAAUCUGUUGGGUACAAAAAAAGAAUUUUUAAAUAGAUUCGUAAAUCCAAUAACGAAUGGUCAGUUUGACGAUUCUACUGCUUAUGAUGUUAAAUUAAUGAAAAAACGCGCGCAUGUAUUACACAAAAUGUUAGAGGGUAGUGUACAGAGAUUUGAUUAUUCCGUGCUUACACCGUUCCUACCACCCAAACAGGAAUAUGUUAUUUUUGUCAGAUUAACAGACACGCAAAUUAAAAUGUAUCAAUAUUACUUGGAGAAUCUUGCGAGACGUUCCACUACAGGUGCAGGAGGAACUCUUUUUGCAGAUUUUCAGGCGUUACAAAGGAUCUGGACGCAUCCCAUAGUUUUACGUUUGAAUGCAGAGAAAAUAGAAAAAGCAAAUGAAAAGAAAGACCUGAGUGACUCGGAGGGAUCAUUGGUAAAUUUUAUUAACGAUGAUAGUGACUCAGGAGAGAGCAAUAGCAGCAAUUCGAGCAGUGACAGUGAUGUUGAAGCUAUUGAUGAUCCAAAAGAAAAUAUUUCCAAGCGUAGAACAAGAAAUAAUCCUGGUGAAGAGGAACCAGAAGAAGAAGCUAAAGAAGAGACUCGAGAGGCAGAAUGGUGGUCGCAAUUUGUGCAACCUGAGCAUUUUGAAGACAUGAGAGUAUCUGCUAAACUAUUACUUUUUUUUGGAAUUCUAAAGGAAAGCGAACAGAUUGGUGAUAAAGUGCUUUUGUUCUCGCAAUCUCUAUAUUCUCUCACUUUAAUCGAGGAAUUUCUCCGAAAGAUAGAUGAUGAGACUCAAAACAAUGCAUGCGUGGAUACAUUGGAUAAUCAUACCGGAAGUUGGUCCUUAGGUCUUGAUUACUUUCGGCUUGAUGGCCAGACGUCGGCUGAAAAUAGAAAUAUAUGGUGUAAAAUAUUUAAUAAACCUACUAAUACGAGGGCAAGAUUAUUUCUCAUAUCCACGCGUGCCGGAGGAUUGGGAAUAAACUUAACCGCGGCUAACAGAGUAAUUAUAUUCGACGCCAGUUGGAACCCCUCUCACGAUGUGCAAAGCAUAUUCCGGAUAUACAGGUUCGGGCAAAAGAAGCCGUGUUAUAUAUAUAGGUUUUUGGCGGCGGGAACAAUGGAAGAAAAGAUUUACAAUCGUCAAGUGACGAAAUUGUCGCUUUCGUGUCGAGUUGUGGACGAACAACAGAUCGAACGGCAUUAUAGCAAUCAUAAUCUAAAUGAGUUGUAUACUUUCGAAGCGUAUAAUAAUGCAGAAAGACCUACAUUAAAUUUACCUAAGGAUAGACUAUUAGCGGAAAUAUUCUUGAAGUAUAAGGAUGUCGUGGAAAAUUAUCACGAACACGAUUCUCUAUUGGAGAACAAAGCCGAGGAGGAAUUGGAUGAAGAAGAACGCAAACAGGCUUGGUUGGAGUAUGAAGAAGAAAAGAAAGGAAAACCGCCGAUAAAUCCGAUGAUGAAUGUGGCUUAUCAAAAUAAUUUAUUACUGCAGCAAUAUAAUAUGAUGAUGAAUGCUGGACAGACUAGUUUAGUGUCUCAAGAUUCUUUACAUUUCCAGUAUGAUAAUCUCGAAAAGUUGAUUCGUAAAGAUUACCCCAAUGCAACCCCAGAACAACAAAAAAUAAUGACAAAUCGAGCUCUAAUGGAAAUGUACAAUUAUUGGGAAAAACAAGCUACAUUAUACUCUAAGCAACCUGUGAGAAAUGUAGCACCUAUAUUGAACUUUCAACAGAGGCCGAUGGUUGUACCACCUACUGCGGGCAACAGUAAUGCACAUCAGCAGCAAAUCUCACAAUUAAAUCAAUUACUCACGUCGGGGCAAUCAGGAAAUUAUGUAAUCGCGAAUAAACCCGCACAGCCAAAUGUGGCGCAAAGGACAGAUCUAGUACUAAAUCCAUUUACAUAUCGAACGACAUCAAGUAAUAAUGCAGGCGGAAAACCAAACGAUGAUAUAAUUGAAAUAAUACCUACUACAAGUAACGCCGGUGUGUCAAACGUACAAGUCGCGAUACAACCAACUGAUAUCAGUAAAAAUCAAGAGGAGUAAAAUUAUCUCCUCUACGCGAAUAAUUCAUAAGAAUUAUACAGUGGUAUUAUUGGUAAGUGAUAUAGAAGUCGAUACACCGUAAAGCGCAACGCAACGCAAGUCGUAUACGAAGGUAUUAUUUACAUUUAAUUUUCUAUGUAAUAUAAAAAAUAGGACCGUUUAUAUUGUAUUAAGUUC